CUGCACCGCGGUCUCCAGCAACUUUGAAACAAAAUUUCCCUCUUCCCAGGACAGAGCAAGGAGACUUACCCAACUCAAAAGCUUUGCCUUCUUCCAGUAUCUAAAGGGCGAGCGCCGUUAGUCGAAGCCACAAGCCAGGAGCAUGUCCCGCAGCGCGGGUGGCAUUACAAACCUCACCACAGCCCUUACAGGGGAACGCAUCGUCGGCCUCCAUCGGCGUCUCCAAAUACUCGUCCACGAUAGCGGAAGCCAUGGUGGGCUAGAGAGUGAACAGAGAGGGGCGAAAGGGGGGAAUGGCGCAGCCCAGAAUAUGUCAGGGCGGCGUUAUAUAUGUAUAUAUAUAUACAGGUCGAGUUUGUAUAUGUGCGCGAGCUCGCAGGCGGUGCGGUGUCCGACGUCUCGUCAGCAAAACGUCGAGGGCCGGAGUGUUAGAGGCGGGCAGGUUUGACGGCUACGGGCUGAGUAGGACAGGCAUCGAUGGCGAUACACAGGAAGCAAUCUGGUCCAGUCCAGUCCGUUGUCUCGUCGUCUCGUCGUGGCCAGAGCAGAGCAGAGGGGAGGCGUCUUUGGCGCAAGCUCUCGCAGCAAAUCGCGGACGGGCUGGGGCCGGUGCUACACAGAGCAAUGCAGUCGUUGCUGCAAGACAAGGGGUCGAGGCACCAGCGGGACAGCGAGCGUCUAAGGCGUUUGCGUCUAGCUGUAGCAGAGCUGAGCUGAGCAAAAGAAGGGAUCGAGAAGAAGAGCGGCGGAGGAGAGGCGGCGAGAUAGAGAGAAGAUGCUCCAGUCCAGGAUGGCCACGGGGAGGGGAUGUGCUGGCCGCCUGUACUCGUAGAAGCAGGUACCAGGGACUGCCACGCCAAAAGGACCCCCCAAAAAUAAUGGAGGACCCCCCAUAGAGCAAUCCCCAGUGAGGGUUAGAGGAUUAGAGGACCCCCCUCCCCCCCAUAGUCCCCUAAAACAGGUACGGAACAGGUACAUUGUCCAGCAACUGACAGGGUGUUACAAGUUUGCGCCAUUGCUUGUUAAGAUGGGAAGUACAUGUACCUAAAAUUAGACGGUGCAGAUUCAUGACCAAAAGGCUCUUUAGCACAUGAUUAGCGUCAAGCCACGCAAAUCAGCAUGCGCGUGAUGGUGAAGGGAAGUGUGAUGAAGAUUUGCGAUGAUGCGUGGUGAUUGGCCGGGCA